CAGCUUCACCGAAGGGACCAACUUUGUCGGUUGUGGCUCGAAUUACGACAACAAUGAUAUUCAGGCCUUCAACCUCGUUCCAAUCAAUCAAGAUACCAGCCCCACCGCCACCACAUCUAUGGCUCCAAGCUCCACUGCAUCGGCGGCCCCUACCGAGAAAGGAUACGUGAUUAACUGGCUAAACGGUAAUGACUUGUCUCAGUGUCUCACUGUCACCAAUGGACAGUACUACAACGGCUCUCCGGUCGGCCUUGCGCCUUGUGGUAGUGUUAACGAAGGUCAGCGUUGGGUUUACCAUCCAUCCGGAGUCACCUCGGUUCGCGCUGCAGGACAGAACUACUGUCUUGACUUUGGAGAUGGCGGCGGUUACGACGGUGUCCCCAUGAAACUCUGGCAAUGCUACCCUGGACUGUUCCAGCAAACCUUGUACUACACUGGGACAAACCAUAUUGCGGUAUACAACGGCAACCAAUGUCUUGAUGUUGAGGCAGGAACGUCAAACGUGCAAGGCUGGCAAUGUAGCGGUGAUGAUGUGCACCAACUCUGGCAAAAUGGGUUCCCCGCGUAAAUCAUACCACCACGGACAAUUCAUAUACUGUAAGAAUGAGUACUGUAUCUUCCUUUAAUAUCAAUAAUGCAG